AUGGUGGUGGGGUUGGAGUUGGCAUCUUGGAACUCUCAUUUCUCGUUGUGCGCCGUGCAUAUCAACGGCUUUACGCCUGAAGAGAUGUUCGAGGCGGUGAAUAUAUAUGUUCAUGAUCUUAGGAAGGAGAUCGGCGCACGCCGGAAGCCACGAGUCGUUGUCGAAAGUAUUGAACCGCUACGAGUCAUGUGUGUCAGUUGUGAUACGCCUGAAGAGGUGUUUGAAGUGUUGAAUGUAGAUCUUCAUGAUCUUAAGAGGUAG